AAGUUUAGACUUUGACCGUAUUCAGUGUUUCUUCUUCCUCUUUCUCCGUGACGCUCUUUCAGUACUCUGUACGAUCUGUGAAAUCUCUCAGCUCAGACACCGUCGUCCUUCUCUCUUUCGACGCUUCUUCAGGGGAUUUCCUUUUCCUUCUCCUUUCUGAGUUUUGAGUUAUCGUUCACGGAGUGAAUUUUUGGAGAUCUGUUUGUGGAUAAGGGUGGAAAAACAGCAUGCGGUGGUGUCUGAGUCUCUCUGUUGAUGUUUUCCGCAAAGUCAUUUCGUUGAAUUUAUACUGUAAAGUUAUUCUGUAAUUGUUGUCCGAUCGAAGAGAUCGAUCUUCCUUUCUCCCUCUUCAUAUUCUUCAACAGUUAUCAUCCAUGGGAUCCAGUUUUUUCGUCGUUGUUCCUUGUUAUGUCCUCCAGAUUAGUUGAAAUUUUUGAUCUGUUUCUCUUGACCUUCCUUCUCUUUGAGAAACUAGGUUUAGUUUUCCUACUUCCUUUUUCAGUCUUCUUAUAUUCAAGUGCGCGCGAAGAAGGUGCUUUACUGCUUUGUUUAGUAAGCUGAGAAUCUCAUUCGGUCUUAGUGGGCGUAUCUUUUUUGUUUGCGAAAUACGGAGACUGUUAGUUAUUCCUCUCUGGACAAUUUCCAUACUCAAGGGCUAGGGUUGUAGUUAUGGUGUGCCAAGCGGCUACAAAAACAAGAUUUCGAGCAUUAAAACACGAAAAUGGGAUUGCUGGAACUGCCACCAUAAUCGUUAGAGUCAUCGCAUGCUUUCAACCUCUCCAGGAUUGUCAGGCUGAGUACUUUCGUCAUUUGCUGAAACCAGUCACGUAGAUAGAUUCUGUAGUUUUGCGUUCAUAUUAAGGUGGCUUAUUUUCUUAUUUGUGUUCAUCCUGAGAGAUACGGAAACUGCAAUCACUAGUUUUCUACACCCUAUUUCUGGUAAAACUGUUUUGAUUGGAUGGGCGAAGCUUGGGAAGCUGGACAUCCCACUGAGUUUCUUUCCGAUUGGCAUCCAUCUCUGCUAAAUUCUUUCGGUAUUGUGCCGACCAUGGGUCAACCUAAUCCCACUGCAUUAAGUAUUGGCAACAAUAUGGUCAUGAAGAACGAAACCUUUUCAGUCAACAACGAAUUAAAGGUCCCUCGGUUGCAGGUAGGCCCAGUAAAUGAACCGUGUAAUUGGUUUCAUUGCUUGGGACCUUCACAGCAAGCCUUUUUACCUGUGAAGGGUCCUAUUUACACUGACAAUCUAGCAGUUCCAUUCAAUGGACUUUCCAAGGAGGCUGUGGCACCACUUUCUGGCUCUGGAACUCAGCAGAAGGGAUUUCUUGUCGUUGAUCAGUCUGCAGAUAAAACAACUUUGGUUUUAUGUUCAGGAGGUGGUGGUCCUCUCCAGCUACUUACUUCAUGGACUCCACAACCUAAUGCUGCUUGUCAACUUAAUGGAGAAGAUUUUGGAAAUAAACGAGACUUCAUUUAUGACUCAAGACAAGUUUUGUCAAACGAUUUUGCUUACGAUCAUGAAACUUUCGACCAGAGUGAGAUGCAAGAAGACACAGAAGAACUCAAUGCUCUCCUCUAUUCAGACGAUGAAUGUGAAUUCGAUGAGGACGAUGAAGUUACUAGCACUGGCCAUUCACCAAGCGCAAUGACAACUAAAGAUAAACAUUAUCCAUGUGAGCAAAAUAACGAAGAAGUUGCUAGCUCCGCAGGUUCGACUAAGAAGCGUAAAAUUGACGGAUGUUAUGAUAUAACGUCACUAACAGACACUGCAAGUUCACUGAUGACUCGAAGAUCCCCCGAGUACGAGAAUGAUGCAGAAUCUAGUUGUGGAAAUGAAGGGAGUCGGGAUAUGCAGGAUGUGGAUUCCUCACAGGUCAACAAAAAGAGGAAAAAGGAGAAAAUACGUGAAACUGUAGGGAUUCUCCAGAGUUUAAUUCCGGGCGGGAAAGGCAAAGAGGCCAUCGUUGUACUGGACGAGGCAAUUCAGUACUUGACAUCUCUUAAGGCUCAAAGCUGAGGCGGCAUUUGGGCCUGAUGAUGCUUUCAGUAUUUCUCUAUAUGUUUACAUGUUUUAGUUUGUGAUCAGAAAACAAUGGUGGACCAUGGUGAAUAAGUUGGGAAACGUCAUGCAAAUGGUUGAUUGAUUUUCAGGUAGAUUUGAGGUAUGCUGGAUAUCAUCGUAGGUGGGAAGUCUGAACAAUUCUGAAGCCGUUCUCCAAUGAUUAGAAAUCAGCAACGAAAGUGGGUGUAGUGCUGGUAGUGGCAAUGGUAAGAUGUCUUUAAAAGUGGAGAAGAAUGAUUAGUCUAGUCUUGUUAUUAAAAGAGGGGGAACACCCCCACCCCCACCCGAACAAGUGGAAUGGUUCGCGAUUACUGGUGGUGGGGUUCAAAAGAAGGUCCCAAAUAAGGAAGUGCACGCCCUUGUUUACUAAGCCCGCCUACCCUACACUCCUUUCUCCACUUGUGCCUUAAAUUUGCAGGUAAUCAAGCUGUCAAAGCUUCCACUUUCUGGGACUUUCAUGCAAUGUGAAAAGGAGAAGAAGACCAUCCAAAUGGGUUUGGUUUUGAGUUAUAAUUAUUGUUGAGGGAUCGAGUUAGUUUUGGGUUGGUGUCUUUAUGCGUGUGUAGUAGCGUCGCAUGCAAGCAUUUAUGGUCAUGAGAGCGAUGUGUUUGCUAAUCUUUCCUUUUGGCUGCAAGUGUAGCGAGGAGAGAGGGAGAGAGAGAGAGGGAGAAAAGAACAAGAGAUGAUGAUGAUGAUGAUGUGUCCUGUUGAAAGAUGGGAGGCGGGGCCAGCAUGAGGGGCAGCGUGUUUGUGCAUUAUUAAGGAAAGAGAGGGGAUAAUGGCAUCUCUGAUUGUGUGCAAGAUGUGUCCCGCGUGUGAGAUUUGAUCAAAACGUCAUCUUUGCUGAUGAUAGGCCAUGUUUAUGGGUUAGUAUUCUUCCUUUUAUGUCAAAAUUAUGGAAUCUCAAAUUACCCUUC